CGUUGGACACUCUCUAUGAAACAUCCCAGCUUCAGCAGCCCACGGCGUCCGUGUGCCAGUCGGUGAUUUGGAGCAGGACAGUUUGUUACUGAGCUGACUAAGCGGAGGAAGCUCUUGCUGUCCUAGCACCGCCAGGCCAGACAAUCCUUCCCUUGGCUGAAGAUCCCGUUGGAUCUCUCCCCAUAAUGGAAGCGUGAGUGUCAAUAUCCUCCAUGACCUCCAGAAGCCACAACUCCUUACCGAGAACUCUGAUGGCUCCACGAAUGCUUUCCGAAAGUGCCCUCGGGGGCAUCGCCCAAAUCACCCCCUCGCUGUACCUGAGCCGGGGCAGUGUCGCCUCCAACCGGCACCUGCUCCUCUCCCGGGGAAUCACCUGCAUAAUCAAUGCGACCAUCGAGAUUCCCAAUUUUAACUGGCCCCAGUUUGAAUACGUGAAAGUGCCUUUGGCUGACAUGCCCAACGCCCCCAUCUCCCUGUACUUCGACAGCGUUGCCGACAAGAUAAACAGCGUGGCGCGGAAGCACGGGGCCACCUUAGUCCAUUGUGCCGCCGGCGUGAGCAGGUCGGCCACCCUCUGCAUCGCCUACCUGAUGAAAUACCACAAGGUGUCCCUCUUUGAGGCAUACAACUGGGUCAAAUCGAGACGCCCCGUUAUACGCCCCAACGUGGGCUUCUGGAGGCAACUGAUAGACUACGAGAGGAAGCUCUUUGGGAAGACGACGGUUAAAAUGGUACAGACACCGUAUGGCGUCAUCCCAGACGUUUAUGAGAGCGAGAGGAGACCCCUGAUGCCUUACUGGGGAAUUUAAUGUGACUGCAGACAGGAAGCACAACAGAAGGGACACGCUGUUUUGAGUCGACCAGACUGGAGACAUUCCCUUCUCCUUCUACAGCCAACGUUGGUUCUUUACCAUACAGCAGAACCUCAACUAAUUCUCACCUCACUAACCUGCAAGGCCAACGAUUCCCUUCAAAGCAUCUCUCUACAGGGAUUCCCCCAUCCGCAUUUCUCUGAUUUAGCAGAAUGAGGUCUCCUUAUAAGUUUAUUCCUUUCAUAAAGCCUCCCUCCCUUUUUUAGUCAGUUUAUUAGUAUCCUAUGAGGAAAGGCCUAAAAGGCAUUUGGCAGAGUUAAUGAACAAAGUGCGCUUUGUGGUGCGGUAGCCUGGAUAUUUCGUUAAUAGCUUGUUUGCUUCCUUGCAAAAUCCUGUAGUGGCUAGGGAGCGGCACUAGCACAGAACGAGCGAGGUCCUACUCUAAGACAGCAGGUUUUUCCAAGAGCCAGGAAAGCAGGCGUGCAGGGUUGUGGUGCUAGUGCUGGUGUUUUCUUUAACAUCUGUAGUGACUCUCAGUAUAUAGUGUUUGAGAUCUUUAGUCAGCUCUUAAUCUGUAUUAAAAGUCAAAAAAAAAAAAAAAAAAGAGUGA